AAUUUGGGCAUUAACCCAGCAAACAUUGGAUUCAGUACCCUAACAAUGGAAUCUGACAAGUUCAUCUGUAUCAGGGAGAAGGUGGGAGAGCAGGCACAAGUAGUGAUAAUUGACAUGAGCGAUCCAACAACACCCAUCAGACGUCCAAUUUCUGCCGAAAGUGCCAUCAUGAAUCCAGCUUCUAAAGUAAUUGCACUAAAAGCUGGGAAAACACUUCAGAUUUUUAACAUUGAGAUGAAAAGUAAAAUGAAAGCCCACACAAUGGCAGAGGAAGUGAUCUUCUGGAAAUGGAUAUCUGUGAAUACAGUUGCCUUGGUGACAGAGACAGCAGUCUACCACUGGAGCAUGGAGGGAGAAUCGCAACCCCAAAAGAUGUUUGACAGGCAUGCUAGUCUUGCAGGCUGCCAAAUCAUCAAUUACAGAACAGAUGAACACCAAAAAUGGCUGCUGCUGAUAGGAAUUUCAGCACAGCAAAAUCGUGUGGUUGGUGCAAUGCAGCUGUACUCAGUUGAUAGAAAAGUCUCCCAACCUAUAGAGGGCCAUGCAGCAGCUUUUGCGGAAUUCAAAAUAGAGGGAAAUGCCAAACCUUCUACUCUCUUCUGUUUUGCUGUGAGGAGUCCUGCAGGGGGCAAGCUACACAUAAUUGAAGUAGGUCAGCCAGCUACUGGAAAUCAGCCAUUUGUUAAGAAAGCUGUUGAUGUGUUUUUCCCACCUGAGGCACAGACAGACUUUCCUGUGGCAAUGCAGAUUGGAAUUAAGCAUGGUGUUAUCUACCUGAUCACAAAGUAUGGAUAUAUUCAUAUGUAUGACUUGGAGUCUGGAGUGUGCAUCUACAUGAACCGUAUUAGUGCUGAUACUAUCUUUGUCACAGCUCCUCAUGAACCUACCUCAGGCAUUAUUGGUGUGAACAAAAAAGGACAGGUGCUUUCUGUCUGUGUUGAGGAAGAUAACAUAGUGAACUAUGCUACAAAUGUUCUCCAGAAUCCUGACUUGGGACUGCGUAUGGCUAUACGUAGUAAUCUAGCUGGGGCAGAGGAAUUAUUUGCCAGAAAGUUCAACACACUGUUUGCUCAAGGAAGCUACGCAGAUGCUGCUAAAGUAGCUGCAUCUGCACCAAAGGGAAUUCUACGUACCAGUGAUACAAUCAGGAAGUUCCAGAGUGUACCAGCUCAGCCUGGGCAGGCCUCUCCCCUGCUCCAGUACUUUGGAAUAUUGCUUGACCAGGGACAGCUGAACAAGUUUGAGUCUCUGGAGCUCUGUCGCCCUGUCCUACAGCAGGGCCGCAAGCAGCUUUUGGAGAAGUGGCUGAAGGAAGACAAGCUGGAGUGCUCAGAGGAGCUGGGAGACUUGGUGAAGACAGCUGACCCAACCCUUGCACUCAGUGUUUAUCUUCGUGCUAACGUGCCAAACAAAGUGAUUCAGUGUUUUGCUGAAACUGGUCAAUUCCAGAAAAUAGUGCUGUAUGCUAAAAAGGUUGGCUAUACUCCAGACUGGAUCUUCUUGCUGAGAAGUGUGAUGAGAGUCAGUCCAGAGCAAGGCCUGCAGUUCUCUCAGAUGCUGGUACAGGAUGAGGAGCCACUGGCUAACAUUAAUCAGAUUGUGGAUGUAUUCAUGGAGAACAGUCUUAUUCAGCAGUGCACAUCCUUUCUGUUGGAUGCCCUGAAAAAUAACCGCCCUGCAGAAGGCCACCUUCAGACUCGUCUCCUGGAAAUGAAUUUAAUUCAUGCCCCACAGGUUGCAGAUGCCAUUCUUGGAAACCAAAUGUUUACACAUUAUGAUCGUGCUCAUAUUGCCCAGUUGUGUGAAAAGGCAGGCUUGCUCCAGCGAGCUUUGGAACACUACACAGAUCUCUAUGAUAUUAAACGUGCUGUUGUUCAUACUCACCUUUUGAAUCCUGAGUGGCUUGUGAACUUCUUUGGCUCGCUCUCAGUUGAAGACUCUGUGGAGUGUUUGCGUGCCAUGCUGUCAGCCAACAUUAGGCAAAACCUACAGCUCUGUGUGCAAGUUGCUUCUAAAUACCAUGAGCAGCUCGGUACUCAGUCUCUGGUGGAGCUUUUUGAAUCUUUCAAGAGCUAUGAAGGACUGUUCUAUUUCUUGGGUUCCAUUGUAAACUUCAGCCAGGAUCCAGAUGUUCACUUCAAGUACAUCCAGGCAGCUUGCAAGACUGGUCAGAUAAAAGAAGUGGAAAGAAUCUGCCGUGAAAGUAACUGUUAUAAUCCAGAACGGGUGAAGAAUUUCCUGAAGGAGGCAAAGCUCACAGACCAGCUUCCUCUGAUCAUUGUCUGUGAUCGAUUUGACUUUGUUCAUGACCUGGUGCUCUACUUAUAUCGCAAUAACCUGCAGAAGUAUAUAGAGAUCUAUGUACAGAAGGUGAAUCCUAGCCGUAUACCAGCAGUGGUUGGAGGGCUUCUUGAUGUGGAUUGUUCUGAAGAUGUCAUUAAGAACUUGAUCAUGGUGGUUAGAGGCCAGUUCUCAACAGAUGAGUUGGUGGCAGAAGUGGAAAAAAGAAAUCGGCUUAAGUUGCUGUUGCCAUGGCUUGAAUCAAGGAUUCAUGAAGGCUGUGAAGAACCUGCGACUCAUAAUGCCUUGGCCAAAAUCUACAUUGACAGUAAUAAUAAUCCAGAGGGGUUCCUUCGUGAGAAUCCUUACUAUGACAGCCGUGUAGUUGGCAAAUAUUGUGAAAAGAGGGACCCUCAUCUGGCCUGCGUUGCUUAUGAAAGGGGGCAAUGUGAUCUGGAACUCAUAAAGGUCUGCAAUGAGAACUCACUGUUUAAGAGUGAGGCUCGCUAUCUGGUGCGCAGGAAGGACCCUGAGCUCUGGGCAAAUGUUCUGGAAGAAAACAACCCAUUCAGGCGGCAGCUUAUUGACCAGGUUGUCCAAACAGCUUUAUCAGAGACACAGGAUCCAGAGGAGGUUUCUGUUACUGUGAAAGCUUUCAUGACUGCUGACCUGCCUAAUGAGUUGAUUGAGUUACUGGAAAAAAUUGUCUUGGAUAAUUCUGUAUUCAGUGAACACAGGAAUCUCCAGAAUCUGCUGAUCCUGACUGCUAUUAAGGCUGACCGCACUCGUGUGAUGGAAUACAUCAAUCGGCUGGAUAACUAUGAUGCCCCAGAUAUUGCAAACAUUGCCAUUAGUAAUGAGCUAUAUGAAGAAGCCUUUGCUAUCUUCAGAAAAUUUGAUGUUAAUACUUCAGCAAUUCAGGUGCUGAUUGAGCACAUUGGCAAUUUAGACCGUGCUUAUGAAUUUGCAGAGAGAUGUAAUGAACCAGCAGUAUGGAGCCAGCUAGCCAGAGCACAGCUCCAGAAGGACUUGGUGAAAGAAGCCAUCGACUCCUAUAUAAAGGCAGAUGAUCCAUCUGCUUACAUGGAAGUUGUUCAAGCAGCUAAUAGAAAUGAUAACUGGGAGGACCUAGUCAAGUUCUUACAGAUGGCCAGGAAGAAGGCUAGAGAGUCUUACGUAGAGACAGAACUUAUUUUUGCUUUGGCAAAAACUAAUCGUCUAUCAGAACUGGAGGAGUUUAUUAGUGGCCCUAAUAAUGCCCAUAUACAACAGGUUGGUGAUCGCUGUUACGAAGAGGGGAUGUAUGAAGCAGCAAAACUACUCUAUAACAACGUAUCUAACUUUGCUCGCCUGGCGUCUACCUUGGUGCACCUUGGAGAGUAUCAGGCGGCAGUGGACAGUGGCCGCAAAGCCAACAGCACAAGGACUUGGAAGGAGGUAUGUUUCGCCUGUGUAGAUGGAAAAGAAUUCCGCUUGGCACAGAUCUGUGGUUUACACAUAGUCAUCCAUGCUGAUGAACUUGAAGAGCUGAUCAGUUACUAUCAGGAUCGUGGCUACUUUGAGGAACUGAUUGCCCUUUUGGAAGCCGCUCUGGGCCUAGAACGUGCUCACAUGGGAAUGUUUACUGAACUUGCCAUCUUAUAUUCCAAAUUCAAGCCUCAGAAAAUGAGGGAACACUUGGAGCUCUUCUGGUCUAGAGUUAAUAUUCCAAAGGUGCUCAGAGCUGCAGAACAGGCUCAUCUCUGGGCAGAGCUUGUAUUCCUCUAUGACAAGUAUGAGGAGUAUGACAAUGCAAUAAUUACUAUGAUGAAUCAUCCCACUGAUGCCUGGAAAGAAGGGCAGUUUAAAGACAUAAUUGCCAAGGUGGCCAAUGUGGAGCUGUACUACAAAGCCUUGCAGUUCUACUUAGACUACAAACCUCUGCUGAUCAAUGAUCUCCUGCUUGUAUUAUCUCCACGACUGGAUCACACCAGGACAGUCAAUUUUUUCUCAAAGGUCAAUCAGCUACUUCUAGUAAAGCCUUAUCUGCGUUCAGUCCAGAACCACAACAACAAAGGAGUUAACGAAGCUCUAAACAACCUUUUAACAGAGGAGGAAGAUUACCAGGGUUUGAGAGCUUCCAUUGAUGCCUAUGACAACUUUGAUAACAUAACAUUGGCUCAGCGUCUGGAAAAGCACGAACUAAUUGAAUUUAGGCGUAUUGCAGCAUAUUUGUAUAAGGGUAACAACCGCUGGAAACAGAGCGUGGAGCUAUGCAAGAAAGACCGUCUGUAUAAGGAUGCUAUGCAGUAUGCUGCGGAGUCUAAAGAUGCAGAACUAGCUGAGAAGCUGCUUCAGUGGUUCCUGGAAGAAGGCAAGCAGGAGUGCUUUGCAGCCUGCCUUUUCACGUGUUAUGACUUGCUGCACCCCGAUGUAGUCCUUGAGUUGGCAUGGAGGCAUAACAUCAUGGACUUUGCAAUGCCUUAUUUCAUCCAAGUGAUGAGAGAGUACCUUACCAAAGUGGAUAAACUUGAUGCUUCUGAGAGCCUAAGAAAAGAAGAGGAACAAGUAACUGAACCCACUCCAAUAGUAUUUGGCCAGCAGUUGAUGUUAACAGCAGGCCCCAGUGCAGUACCUCCCCAGGCAAACUUCCCAUAUGGAUACACAGCACCAGGAUUCACCCAGCCGCCUGUUUAUGGUUUCAAUAUGUAACUAGUUCUCUGACAGACCUUCACUGUCUCUGUUCUCUUCCUUCCCGUCCCUUUUUAACUUCUCCAAGAAGUGUACAAUGGUCCUAAAGGCACAGACGACCUUCUGUUGGCUGAACACACUUGCUGCCUGGCUCAGUGAGGAGACUUCAAUGGGAUGCCUGUUACUGUUAUUUAUUGAUUAUUGUCCGGUUACAUUUCAACCUCUGAAAGGCAGCUUUUGUUAAUGACAUUGUGAGACUCUUGUCAGAAGUUAAGGCACUAUUUCACUAACUCAUGUAGCAAUAACUGCUUGAGGCCAGGGGGAAGAGAGCAUAUUUUUCUUUCUUUAGCAAAGCCCAUUGAAGGCAGCUGGGAAAUUGCCUGGCACCAAGUUGUUAAAGCUUUAGCUGAAGCUACUGAAGUAGCAGAGUUGUUAACAAUUCAGUGAAGCAUCUCGUUAAUAAUGAAUUGUUGAAAGCUUGUGCACAUCUGACUACCCCAUUUUAUUUGCAGUCUUAUGCAAAAGAAAAUGGGCUUUCUAAUAUUUGUGCUCUGAAUAUUUAGAGGAAUAUUGGGAAAGCUUUCUUUUCUGGACAAUAAUGCUGUUGGGGUUCAAUGCUGUUGGAGUCUGUUCUAUAUUUUCUGGAGUAGAUCUGAGACUUGAAGAAAAUAAAUCUUCUCAUGCCAGAGAGCAAA